UCCGACACUCUUGUCGCGGGCCACAUGAAUGAAAAGGUACAAAAACGAAAUGAAAUCGACCUGAAACUAUUUGAUUAAAAACUUACGUUAAUGAAUAGACAUUGGAAGUUUAUCUAUCUUUUAUUCUUACGAGUCGGAAAGUGGCUUCAUUUCUUUACUUAAAAUCUGAGCAACAUAGAAUCUAGUUUUACCGAAGGCUCAUUUUUUAAUGUUGUUUUUAAUUUCCAAACACCAUAGAAAAACAACAACAUAGAUAUAGCGUACACUGUUAACACGAUGGUACACUUAUGGGAUAUGGUUUCUUGUGGCAUUGUCCUGGUUGUAUUCCUUAGUCUCGCACACAGAGUUGAAUUGAAAGUUUCAGUGCCAGCUCUUGCAGACGACAAAACAAAAGCGACAUACGUGGAACGAGUGAAAAACUUCACACUACUCUACGCUAAAAACUGCUCAGGGUGUGAAAACUAUGCAGACAUACAGUCACUGCAAGGUUUGGACGAGGUUUGCCGGAAAUAUGACGCUUUCUUCGUGUGUAGCCAGCAGAGCAACAAUUGUUCCCAAAGUUUUACAGGUCAAAGUGAUUUUAAAACUAUUUGUUUGCCAAGAAGAAGACAGAUUGUUCAAAUUUUAGACCCACUUGCCAACUCAUGUGACGGACAAUGUGAUUCGUACUACGAAGCCGUUAAAAGCCAAGAUUUAUUGGACCUUACUUGUGGAAAGCUGGAUGAUCUAGAUAACUGUAUGUCUGCUCGAUGUGAAAACUACGAUGUAUACAAAACAGUGUUAGAUGACGCUAACAAACUCUGUGAUGGCUGUGGGUGUCUUCAUGUUUCUCUGCUUCUGCUGUUGGUUGCUUUGGUUUUCAGUAAGUGGACAGCUUAGACAGCUUCGUAUCUUUAGGGACUAGAUGGCUGAGUAGCAUGGACACGGCCACAUCUCAUUUUUAUAACGGGUUUCUAAAGACUGUGUACACUAGUUUAUUUCAUUAGGUAUUAAUAAGACCGAUAUGUCUAUAUAUCCCAGCAUUUCUCUAGCUUAUAGUACAAUAUGACAAUUGUCUAUACGUAGGUCUCACAGAUUAAAGUCCAUUCCAAAUAACAAAAUUUGUGUCUUCAUCUAUACAUUUGUAAAUCGCAAUAUUUUUCUUUUUACAUUUAUGGAAUAUUUUUUUAAAUAAAACUCUUUACAAAAUU